CUUUUCAGAAUAGAGGUGGGAGUCCACGAGUAUGGUAAUUAGAUGGAGUGGGGGGUGGAAAGGGGUGGAAUAUCAAUUUUUAUUGCAUCACCUGUCAGUAGCGUCCAAUCAGCGCCGGGCUUUGGAAGCAUUAAUUGAUGAAGGUGUCUCCAGACUUGCUCACUUCCCUCUGUCAUUUAUUUGUAGCUAAACCAACGGCGGGAAGGGCAGCUGCAUUUUCGGUUCUCGUUUCCCUCUCUCUCUCUCUCUCUCUCUCUCCCUCUCUUUCUUGCUCACUCCCCUCUCUCUCUCCGUGUCCCUCUCAUUCAGCCUGAGCUAUUCACCUUCCUCCUCCUCUCUGGGUUAAUGGAGAGAGAAGCAGAGGAGCGCAGGUACAGGAGCGCAGACAGACAGCAGCCUGUCUGUCUACAGCAUCAUUCACAUUUUAUCCCUUAUGUCGUCCCCAGGGAAAUGGAUUAAUUUUUAUACGUACUGUCAUUUUUCAUCCCUCGAAGUUUUGCGUUUUUAAAACAGCAUUGAUAAGACAAUUGACAUCUCCAAUUGGACCAGCAGAAAUGCCUUGAGAGAGGCAGCCGGUUUGCUGUGGAUACCCAUCAAGCCAGAUGUGUGGAUUAAUACUAUAGACAAAAUGGGAGACUUGGAGUCUGGAUUUGAAGAGAUGGAAGGCGUGAAGCUUGGAUACCUGGUUAUUAAGGGCAAGCAAAUGUUUGCACUCUCUCAAGUCUUUACCGACCUCUUGAAAAAUAUUCCGAGGACUACUGUGCACAAACGAAUGGAUCACUUAAACGUAAAGAAGCACCACUGUGAUCUGGAGGAGCUGCGAAAACUCAAAGCAAUAAAUUCAAUUGCUUUCCAUGCGGCUAAAUGUACUCUGAUUUCAAGGGAAGACGUGGAAGCCCUGUAUAUUUCUUGCAAAACUGAACGCGUACUGAAAUCCAAGAGAAGCAAACUAAAAACAAAGUCAGCCGAGGAUCUGUAUGAUGGACACAUUCGGUCUGAUCCACAAAACACUUUUUGGAAAGAAAAAGUUUGGCUCAGUCUGCACGGAGUGUCUCAGCCUUUUACAUUUAAAAACAAAGCUGGGCGGCAGCACGAGACUGUUUCGCCCCAAGCUUCCAAUCUACCUCAAAUUUACAGUAAAUUCGCAAGCCAUGGCUUCCAUGCAGACGCAAAAUCCGCAUGCCGAAGCCCUAAAAACUUUGAAACAGCUCAAAUACCCAGCAACUGUGUGGCAUUUAAUCCAGGGCAUUCAUUUUUUCGGAGUGUGGUCUGCAGCCGACAGCCCGUCCUCUAUCAGUCCGCCAUUGCGGUGCAGUCCAAGCUCGCAAGCACCGCUGACCUAACUUAUAAAAGGAAACGACAGUACGACGGCGCUGGAUGGCACUUCUGGAACAAAAGUAGGCACAGUCGUCGGCUUCUGCUUGUCCCCAAGUGCUGUAAGUCAAAAGUAUCCAACGGCCAUUUAAAUAAAUUUCACAUCGACCGCGAGCUGUACCUUGCCCACCAGAAUGUAGGGAAUUUUCAGGAGAGCUGUAGCAGUGACACUGAAUCGAGUACUUAUUCCGAGCGUGCCGACAAUGACUCGGAUUUCGGUUCUAGUCUAUCCACUACUAGUAACUCUGGGACUUCAGAUGACGAAGAAGAUGACUCCCUGUCGGAAUCUUCAGAUGUUAGUUCCGAAGAUGAUAGUUCUUCCGAAUCCGACUCCAGUUCUGUAUCGAGUCAAGUUUCCUUGCAGAGUAUCCGUUACAGGCGCACGAGUUUCUCAACCCUCAACAAUAAAGCACCUUUAGUGACGCAGGCUACUUUUCUGUAUGAUCAACACAGACCAAAAAAUCAGAGCGCGACAACGUUGUUGGAUUACGGAAUCUCGAACAGGAAACUCCCGAAAUCUGACUUCAAACUCUGUGGGAAGAAACAAGAGGUCGGCAGCGCAUCAAAGCAGAGUAAAAUCUGCCCACUUGUUCCUGGAACUAGCCUUCCUGAAUCGAAGAGGGAGACAGCUCCUGGGAUUACAUUUUCAAACUUUGAAAUUCCUGAUGACCGAAAGAGGCUUGAACCUACAAUUAACCGUGUUCAAGAAGAAGGCCAUUCACCUUGCUUAAAGGAAAACAAAGACUUCCCUCAACAAAGGGUAUCAGGACAGUCAAACAAAUGCCAUCAAGCCUUGAUCUCACACUGUGCCCAAGACAAAGAAACAAUAGUUUCCCAGUCCUCCGAAAACAAUCCUUCAUUAGCUGUAAAUUUAAAGAAAGAAGCGAAAAUUAGCCAUUGCCUGAAACCUCAUGCAUAUCUCACCAUCAAGGCAGAACCGGAGGAUCACAACACACUCUCAAAUUACCAAGGCGAGAACAGCACCGUACCGAGAACAUCGCCAACUUUACCACAAAAUGUGAAAAUCAAAGUAGAGGAAAACUUUGACGAGUAUGAAUACUCCUGUCAAAUCCCCGAAUUCGGACCGGAACACCACUGCGACGGCAAGGAUCCAGACGUCACUAAUUUGCAACAUCCAUGUGGCGAGGAGAAACCGUCAGAGAAUCUGAAUCACGCAAGCAAAGCCACUGAGUGCACCGACGACCCUGCCACUUCCCAAAAAUCUCCUUCGCGGAACCAGGAAUUUAAAAGCACUUUAAACACUCCAUAUGCAGACGAAGGAGAAUACAAAAAUGGAGCACGGGUUAGAAAGAAUUACAGGACUCUGGUAUUAGGAAAACAGACUGGAAUUGCGAGGACGCCACUUAAAUUGAAUGUGAAAGCUGACAGGAAUCCGCGUUCUACAGGUAAACCCGAGCAUUAUGAAGGAUCAGCGGAGGAUUGUACGGGCGCGACCAAACGAAAACGAGCAUCCAGCAAUGUAGCAGCUGUGAAAAAACCCUUCAGCUUCAUGGCAAAUUUUCCGUCUCCGCCGUCACUAAUUAUCGGCAAUGAUGGGGAUUUGUGUCCUGCAUAUUCCUUGAAGCCUAUGAAGGAUAACAUGUCACCGCAUAGGUCUCACCCUGUUUGGAAAUGGCAACUCGGCGGCUCUGCUGUACCACUCCCUCCAAGUCACAGAUUCAGGAAAUUCUAAGAUCAGCUUUUCUAAUAUUUUCUUGGGGGAUAUUAUAAUGAUAUGCCAAAACUCUGGAAACGUCUUAAAAAUGGAAUAAGAUGCACUGAGGAGUUACAACCCACGACGGUCAUGGAUUUUUUAUUUUUUAUUUUUUUUAGUGAAUCAGCGUUCCACAUUAAGGAACCCUUUCUGCAGUAACUGCAGUGCCCCCCGUUUGUAGCUGGAGCACAUUCAGGCGUUUACCGACUAAUAACAUGUACCUCAAGGAUUUCUACCGAUAAAAAAAAAAACGAAAGCGAGUAACUCAAACUUCUUAGCUUCGCGAAAAAUGACGUGAUUGUUGUGUUCGGAAUCAUCUUCUUACGAUGGAUCGUGCUGUUAUUAAAGUGUGAUAUUAUUCGCUAGCGAAGACAGACACUCUUUUGCUAAGUCUUUUUUUUGCCCUGCCAUGAAAUGUCUAUUCUUAUUAAUUAAAUUUUAGCACCAUACAUGCAAGCGUGAUUAAAUCGUUAUUUUUUUUUGACAAAUUUACUCUGAGUAGUUUCAGCCUCGCUGUAGUUUCCCCACUCAACAAUUUGUCAGCAACGUUGAUAUCUUCAUUGCUUUUUGCAUUUCUUUUUGCUCGUUAUUAUUAAGUGUACUGUUAAAAAUGCAUAUUCCUCGUUUUGUUUUGUUAGUUAACACCCAGACACCCCCUUAAAAACAACAUGCAACCCUGACUGUAGGCCCACCGGAGCCGGCCUUAAUUAUUGACAAUCAGAAGGAGCUGUUGAGAUUUGCACGAGGUUAAGUGAAAGAUAACCACAAACACCGAAUCGAUGUCUUUGUAGCACAUUCUCAAAAUUACCGUAUAUAAAUCUAAACAAAGCACAAAACAUCAAAUCCAUGCAGCCACUUCUUUAUUGGUCCGAUUAGAACACCCUGUAUUGUUUAAGAUGGCAAACAAACAAAUACGUAUAAAAUCCAGAAAUUCCGAAAAUGUUGUUAAAGUAGAUGCUGAUCAUGAAAUGUAGUAUAUCGUGAAUGCUUACUAAUGUUUAUUUCUCCCGUUUCUGAUUCAGACACAGGGAUAUUCAAAGUGGGAUUCUCUUUCAUUUAUACAAAACAGCAAGUCGCUAUUCAUUACUUUCACACCAGGUUAAAAGAAACAACGACAGUACGCCAAUGUUUGUUUCAUACAGCCCUGCAUCUGAAACGUAGAGAUGGUGGCUGGCGAUUAAUGUUGCUCUUUAGCGGAGGGCGAGUCAAUGUUACACGCAUCCUCAAAUCAUUGCAUAAUUGUCACAGCUACAUAGGUGCUAGUUCCGAAACAUAAUUCAUUGCAAUCAAGACGAAGUACGUGCCUGAAAAACAAAGUUUACAGGCGUGUCUCUCUCGUUAAAAUUGAUAGAAACUCGUGCCAAAUAUAUCAUUUGACGAGUAGGCUAAACUACUAAAGAGAAAAGUAACGUGUUUUACUAAUUGAACACGAUGCCCUGAAAACCAGCGAUGUUUAUGGUGCUGAGGGCUUUUUAAAAGUUGUUUUUUUAAAGACUUUCACAGUUUAGCCAUUAACAGAAAAAUCUACUUUUCCACAUUAGUGAAUUAAUUGACAUUUGGAGGUUUGUUAUUUUGAAGAUGAGUUUCGAAAUGGCUCUCCUUUGCCAUUUUAAUUUUUUAAUAAGAUGAGUAGCCUAUACUUUAAUGUCCAAUAUACAGACUUUCAUUCUGACAAUAAAAUUCAUAUUUACACUAUUGAAUUUUAUUUAUGCUAUUUUAAAUAAUACUAAUACAAUUGAUUAAAUAAUGUUGAAAGUUCUCAGGGUAAAAUAAAUAAUUCCCGAAGAAAAUCUUUAAUUAGGUAAAUAAAAAAAUAAAUGAGAAGAAAAAAUAUACCUUAAUUUAGCUAUCCCACAGUCAGCAUGAAAUUCUAUUCCAGCUGUUAAAUACAACCAACACCAUGAAUAAGCUAAAACCGUAUUCUUUGGGAAAUAAAUAAAUUAUAGCUCUACACAACGAAACCUCCAGAACUGCAGUGACAGCAUUGGUAAUAAUCAAUGGUGACAGUCUAGUUGCCACAAACACGGGAAUAUCAGUGAUAUUACAGAUCGAUUAUGAUUAAAGUCUAACCACAAAAUUACAUAUAUUACUCAUUUGUAAUGAGAUUAAAAUAUGGAAAUAUCUGUGACGCGCCAUAACUGCUUGUAUCAACGAAAUGCAUCUCGGCGUUAUCUCGCUAUGGGCUUAGGGACUAGAGAAGACCCGCUUUGAAUACCCCGAAAGCGGCGAAUCGCUGCUGUGACCCUAGGUGGACUGGUCUCUUACACCACAAAAGUGCUUUCGGGCUGUUAUUUUCUUGUAUACAAUAUACAUCCAUUUGAAACGGGACACCCGAGCAGCGGCCUAAAAGUAAUGGGCAGAAUUAAAUGUAAAAAAGUAAAAUAAUGGUUUACACAAUGCUCAAUGGUUUAAGUAUUAGGCAAUGAAAUGUGGUUCCAUUUUGGGGAGGUUCUGCAAACAGCCAUGGAAGUUCUGACAGUGAUGUCAAUGUACAACUGUAUUGGUGUCGGUGCUUUAGGCUCUACGAUUCCUCUUCAUUGCAUUUUCUAUAAUACUUGAGGUCAGAUUUUUGACGCGACAUUUGAGUCACUGGUUGUGCAUAGAAAAUUGAAUAUUUAUUUUUGUGAUUUACACGUUUUUGUACAUCGUUAUGUAGGAGAAAUGCACUCGAAAUGGAAACUUGAAUGGUGAAUUCUGAAGCACUUUCCUUAUUUUCUGAGCAAUUAAUUGUUCAUUAAAUUCAUUUGAGUGUAAAUGAA